AUGAGUCAGGCCAAGACAGGACGGAGAAGGAGGUCUAGUAGUAUCAUAUACCAGGAACCUCCGGAGUCUAUAGAACACACAAGUGACCAGGCUGCCCUACCGAAUCUGAAUGCAAACUGGGUCAACGCAAAAGGAGCGUGGACGAUCCAUUUUGUCCUCAUCAUAGCGUUGAAAAUAUUCUAUGAUAUUAUACCAGGUGUGUCCCAGGAGACCUCAUGGACACUCACCAAUAUCUCCUAUAUGUUCGGCUCCUUCCUCAUGUUUCAUUGGGUGAGAGGGGUGCCCUUUGAAUUCAACGGCGGAGCCUACGAUAACCUCAACAUGUGGGAACAAAUCGACAAUGGUGAUCAAUAUACACCGGCCAAAAAAUUCCUUUUAAGCGUUCCCAUCAUCCUCUUCCUCCUGAGCACGCAUUACACCCACUAUGAUUUGACAUAUUUCAUCAUCAACUUCCUAGCUGUUCUCGGGGUUGUCAUCCCAAAGCUACCCAUAUCACAUCGCAUGCGAAUAGGAUGGUUGGCAGAUGACCCGGAAGACUAG